AUGGCUAUCCGUUUCACGUCCUUGCUCGCGGUCGGUUGUGUGCUGCUGGUGUCCGGUGCAGUGUCUGGGGCUGCCAUCGAGAACAAUGCGGUCACACCGCGCAUCCACAGCUCCGACGAGCUGAUCUCGACCAUUGUGGAUAAGUGCUUCCAUGCCAAUGCCAUGCAUUGCCUCAAGGAGAAGGUGCUGACCUAUCUGGACACAAUGGCCCACGUGGAGGAGGAGGUCAGUGGCCGUGCCUUCGAUGACGAUGUCAUCGACAAGGUCAUUGUGGAUCGCAUUGGCCGCAUUCUGCACACCAACGAGAUGCGUCUCCAGCUGCCAGAGACCUUCUUCGCUGGCUCCGUGAUGACCUAUCGUGCCGAUCGCGGCUUCGACCUGGAGCUGCCCAAAGAGGAGGGUCGCGCCGAGAAGAAGAACAAGGACAAGCUGUUCCUGCCCCUGCUGCUGCUGAUGAAGCUGAAGCUCAAGGUGGUCAUGCCCAUUCUGCUGGCUCUGAUCGGCCUGAAGGCCACCAAGGCUCUGAUCCUGUCCAAGAUCGCCAUCAAGCUGGUGCUCGGCUUCCUCAUCUACAAUCUCAUCCAGAAGUUGGGUGGCAUGAAGAUGAACAUGGUGCCCAUGCCAGCCCCGGCCACGGAAUACGGUGUGCCCAGCACCACGGCCUCCUCGUACGAUCCCAGCAGCUGGGAGCCCAUGAACAGCGGCCCCUAUGCCCGUUGGGACUCGCAGAAUCUGGCCUAUAGCUCCUACCAUCCCAGCAGCUCCUCGUCCUACUCGUCCGGCUCAUCGUCGAGCUCCUCCCCCGCCGGCUCUUCGGCCAGCUACAGCUCCUCCUCUUAGAUCAGGCGCCAAGCGCUCCGCCCCCCUGCCGCUUUAUAUGUACAUACAUACAUACCAAGGAAUACCGUGGAUGCCAUCCAAGCAAACGGAGGUGGCUCCGCGAGUCAA